AUAGGGUACAUAGAUAGAUUCAGGGCUUGGAUAGCUUCCUUGUUUUGUUAUCAUCAUUAUUAUCCUUCACCAUGACUAGACAAGCUGACCCAUAUCAUAAUCCGUUUCCAUGAGAACGCUCUUAAUACGGAAGCUCGCUUGGAAAACAGGAGGUGAAGAAACGCGAAGGGGGGUAGACGCAGCAGGAGGCCGUGGCUGGACAAUGACUGACGUGGAAAGUGGAAAGGAGUGAGUAACAAACUUCGGGGGAGAAAAUAGUCUUAAGAGCCAAAUCCAUCGCCUCUCUGUGAGCUGCUGUGGGUUCAACCGGGCACGGCACAAUGAGUCUGGAUAAAGCAGAGCUGUGUGAUUCACUGUUAACCUGGUUGCAGACAUUUCAGGUGCCAUCAUGCAACAGCAAGCACGACCUAACAAGUGGAGUGGCCAUCGCACACGUGCUUCACAGAAUAGACCCCUCUUGGUUUAAUGAGACGUGGCUGGGCAGGAUCAAGGAGGAGAGCGGGGCCAACUGGCGCCUCAAGGUCAGCAACUUGAAAAAGAUUCUUAAGAGCAUGAUGGAAUAUUAUCACGACGUGCUCGGUCAUCAGGUAUCAGAUGAGCACUUGCCAGACGUGAACCUUAUAGGAGAGAUGGGAGAUGUCACUGAACUGGGCAAGCUGGUCCAACUCGUACUGGCCUGUGCUGUCAGUUGUGAGAAGAAACAAGAGCAAAUCCAGCAGAUAAUGACACUUGAGGAAUCGGUCCAGCAUGUUGUGAUGACAGCCAUUCAGGAGCUCUUAUCAAAGGAUCCUUCAUCAGACCCAGGAAGCCCAGAAACCUACGGGGACUUUGACUACCAGUCCAGAAAGUAUUAUUUUCUAAGUGAAGAGGCAGACGAGAAGGGGGACCUGAGCCAGCGCUGUCGAGACCUGCAACAUCAGCUGUCGGUGGCUCUGGAGGAGAAGUCGUGCCUACAGGCGGAGACGCGCUCCCUGAAGGAGAAGCUGAGCAACUGCGACUCUCUGGACGCCUCCACCACCGCCAUCACUGGCAAGAAGCUGCUGCUGCUGCAGAGUCAGAUGGAGCAGCUUCAGGAGGAGAACUACAGACUGGAGAACAGCAGAGAUGACGUGCGCGUGCGGGCAGAGAUUCUGGAGCGUGAGGUGACCGACCUGCAGCUACGUAACGAAGAGCUGACCAGCCUGGCGCACGAGGCCCAGUCCCUCAAAGACGAGAUGGACAUUCUCAGGCACUCGUCUGACCGGGUGAACCAGCUGGAAGCGCUGGUGGAGACGUACAAGAGGAAGCUGGAGGAUCUGGGAGACCUGCGCAGGCAGGUGCGCCUCCUGGAGGAGCGCAACACCGUGUACAUGCAGCGCACCUGCGAGCUGGAGGAGGAGCUCCGCAGGGCCAACGCUGUCCGCAGUCAACUGGACACCUACAAGAGACAGGCUCAUGAGCUCCACACCAAGCACUUGGCAGAGGCGAUGAAAGCUGAGAAAUGGCAGUUUGAGUACAAGAACCUUAACGACAAGUAUGACGCACUGCUGAAGGAGAAAGAACGUCUGAUCUCGGAAAGGGACACACUUCGGGAGACCAACGAUGAACUCCGGUGUGCACAAGUCCAACAGCGGUGUCUCAGCGGUUCUGGAGUCUUGUGUGACGAUGAUGUCACAGUAGGAAACCUGGCUGCAGAGAUCAUGCCGACUGAGUUCAAAGAGACGGUGGUGCGUCUGCAGAGUGAAAACAAGAUGUUGUGCGUCCAGGAGGAGACCUACAGGCAGAAAGUAGUGGAGGUGCAGGCCGAGCUGGAGGAGGCCCAGCGCAGCAAGAACACCCUGGAAACUCAGAACAGAUUAAACCAGCAGCAGAUCUCAGAGCUGCGUUCUCAGAUCGAGGAGCUCCAGAAAGCGCUCCACGAGCAGGACAGCAAGACCGAGGACGCUAUCUCUUCCUUACUGAAGAAAAAGCUUGAGGAGCAUCUGGAGAAGCUCCAUGAAGCUCACUCAGAUCUCCAAAAGAAACGAGAGGUCAUUGAUGACCUGGAGCCCAAAGUGGACGGCAACAUGGCAAAGAAGAUCGAUGAACUCCAGGAGAGCCUGCGGAAGAAGGAUGAGGACAUGAAGCAGAUGGAGGAGCGAUACAAGCGCUAUGUGGAAAAGGCGAGAACGGUGAUCAAAACCCUGGAUCCUAAGCAGCAGCCGGUGCCUGCGACUCCUGACAUUCAGGCGCUGAAGAACCAGCUCACAGAGAAGGAGAGAAAAAUCCAGCACCUGGAGCAUGACUACGAGAAGAGCAGAGCCCGACAUGACCAGGAGGAGAAACUCAUCAUUACUGCAUGGUACAACAUGGGGAUGGCGUUGCAUCAGAAAGUGUCUGGCGAGCGGCUGGGUCCCUCGAACCAGGCCAUGUCCUUCCUGGCCCAGCAGCGGCAGUCCACCAACGCCAAGAGAGGCCUGACGCGGCACCAUCCGAGAUGAGACGUCCCGGCACCGGCCAGGAGAACGCACCAACGCUGAACGGACGCAUUAGAGAGAAGACGAAGCGAUCUGCAGUGGACUUCACAUGAACUCCCUGUGUCUUUGCCUUAAAGCCUUUCCCUGGAUCCCUGCACCUCCAGAGAGACAUUUGUCAUGCUGCUGCCGCCCCCUGCUGGCUCUAAAUGGUACGAGAAUGUUUUCUUUUCUCCGUGGAGCCCCGGAGCGGAGAGAUGUACUACUGUUUAACUCCGCUGUAGAUAUUAGAUCCAGAGGGAACUCCCAGAAACAGAAAUGAACGGAGCAGAUGGAGUAGUCUCACCUUUUAAGGUGACUUUUUCACCUCCUUUAGCCGAUUGUUUCUUUUUAAGGUCUGUUUUUAAUCUUUUUUUGUUUUUGUUUUUAUGUUCUACAAUAGAAUGUGAACUAGUUGUGUUAAGGUUACAGUUUAAAUGUGGUAGACGAGAGAGAAGUUAUUAAGGGGUUUUACAAUUACUAGUGGAAGUGCUAGAGAAGACUUAAAGCCACAAAGGCUGUAGACUGAAAACAUUUCAUAUCCAGCCGUUAGUACAUCUCUUUGGUCUUGUUCAUUUGUUUUGGAUUUUCUCAUUGUGUUUUUUUUUUUUUUUUUUUUUUUUUUUUUUUGUCGUCUUGACCAUAUGUUUUGAGGUGACUUUUUUCGUUUUAAUUUGAAGGCCCUCGAAAAGAUGUCCAGAACAUGAUGGUGCAUUUAUAGUUUGUUUUUUUUUCUCUUUUUUUGUAUUCACUUGAAUCAUUUUCUCUAAACGUAAUAUUCAUAAUAAGUUCAAAUGUUAACAAUAUACACCACAGCACUUUGUUUUCUAGAAGGGUGGGCUUCUUUAGUGCCUCUCAGAAGACUAAAACUAACUCCCUCGAUGGAUGAGAAUGAAGAUUCUCUCCCCUAAAGAAUACGUCACACUGUGGGCUCAUUUUCAUAUGGCUGCUGAUAAUGUGACUACUACAUAUUUUUCGUAAUCAGUCCCUCCAGAAAAACGCGAUUAUGCGAUCGCAUAAUUCAACGCAUAAUCAGCCAAAGUCCGCAAAUUGACGGUUUCCGCUCAAAAUAUGCUCGCAUGAUUUCAUAAUCUCCGCAUUUUCGUAGCAAAAAAGAAAUCACUGUUUUUUUUUCUCUUUUUCAGCAAA